AUUCAAAAUGGCCGAAGAAAAUCCAUGAAGCUUUCUUGUGACUAAAAAUAUUUUUACUCCAUCAAAACAAUAAAAAAAGCUCCAAAAUGCAGGAAAUUGAUAUAAAUAUUGAAGGGUACAACGUGAAUGGAAUAUGUGUUGGCUGUUUGAAUCACAAUCGGAAAAUGUCGUACAUCGACGAAGUAAAGGAUUGUUUCAAAUUAUUAGCUCAAAUCGACGUCCCUGAUUAUUUAUCUAUCCAAGUCUGCUGGGAGUGCCUGGCAGCGGUCAGAUCCGUGAUGAGGUUCCGUCAGCAGAUCCAGAGAGCUUAUACGAUACUUAUCAAAUACUCUGCUAAGAACCCAUUCCUGGACUCACCGUGGGACCUCACUCAAUACGCUACAACCAACCUGACACGGACUCAAGUGGAAGUUGGAUCGGAUGUUCUAGAUGUUCAGGAUGUGAAAGAAAUAGAAAUAGAGGUCAAGAGUGAGCCGGAAGAUAACGAAACGCUUCUGCCUAAACAGGAGGAAUUAAAGAUAGAAAAUGAGUUUCCGGACAUAGACGAUCGUUUCUCCGACGACUUCCCGCCAGACCAAAACGCCACGUCUGAAGAUGAUAUGCAGCUGUCCAAACUAAAAGAGAAAAAGGUGAAAAAAGAAAAGAAGGCUAAGAAGAGAAGAAAGAAGAAUUCAGAUGAGUCAAGCGACAAGCCAAAAACAGAGCAAAAAUCCUACAAACUACUCAAGAACCUCCCCGAAGAUUUAGUCACCAUCUACACCAUGACCGAAGAAGAAAUGUGGGUCAUGAGGAACCAGGAUCUAAAGGAUAAGGAAUUCUUGAGGUACAAGCAUAGAUGUGAGGAUUGUUUGCUUACGUUCAACUCGGAGAAGCUGAUGAAGGAACAUACGCUGGCUAAGCAUAGACUGAAAAGCGAAGAUUGCCACAAAUGCGACAUCUGCAAAUCCUACUUCCUUGGCAAGGAUCAUCUGCUCACGCAUAGAGCUCAGCAUCUCACAGCAUAUUGGUGCUCUGCUUGUGGUCACGCGACCUCAGUGAGGAGACGAGCGAGGCAACAUGCGGCCACCCAUCAAACAGUGACCAAGGAGAAGGAAUAUGAGUGCAGGAACUGUGGGAAGACUUUCCCAUCAAGAUCAAAACUCUCCUACCAUCGAACGAAGAAUCACAAAGAGAAACUGCAGUGCGACUGCUGUGGCAAAGUGUUUAUUAGCAAGAUGAUGCUGCGACACCAUCUCAAGUAA